GAUGCAACGCAAGUACAACCAGUUCGCAAAUAUUACUAUUACUAUUACUAUUAUUAUUAUUAUUCUUUUCGGUCAGCUCUUCGCACGCGCGCGCGAGUGUGUGCAUGUUGUUUGUGUGCAGUGCGCGCUCGAUCGCGUAUGUGUCUAUAUAUUGUGUGUACCCAUUAAUAGUCGUAGAUAGUAAUAGGUACGUCGUGGUCGAUAAUAUUACCUAUCUCAAAUUUUAAUAAGCGAUAUUAUUAAAUGCUUUAUUUUAUUAUUAGUUGUCGUUUUUACAAGUGCCCACAGUGCGUCUCCUGGUAAGGAUUUCUGUUUUCGGUAUACUCACACCGUGUGCGUUCCGUCCGCCCAGCGAUUUUCGUAUUUCUUUUUUUAUUUUAUUUUUUAUUUCAUUUUUUAACCGCUGGCCAAUUAUCGAAAACCGCGGCGGUGGUUGCGGUGGCCCACGAUUUUCGGUGACAACCUUAGUCGUACGACCAACCGACGCGUGUCGUAAAGCGUACCUUCGACCGACAGACAGACAGACCGACCGACCACCACCACGGCGGCGGCAGUCGCGUGUCCCCGUGCCAUGACCUGCCAGUUUCCGGUCCGGCCUCAACUACUACCGUUGCAGGGUAUAGAACUAUAGAAGAAUAAUCAAAUUUAAAGCGCCGACGUCUCAAUAUAUUAUCAUUCAUAUCAAAUCAACCCACGAAGUUCUGUGAUGUUCUAAAUUCAAUGUCGCCAAAUUUCCGCACUGGCGGGACAGUGUCGACCGAAGCCCACCGCGUGAUGGGCGACUUGCAGCAUUUCUGUCUGCGCUGGAACAACUACCAGAACAGCAUCACCACAGCGUUCGAAAAUCUGAGGGACGACGAGGACUUCAUCGACGUGACGCUGGCAUGUGACGGUAAGAGCCUAAAGGCUCACCGGGUAGUGCUGUCUGCGUGCAGCCCAUAUUUCCGGGAACUGUUGAAAAGUACGCCGUGCAAACACCCCGUGAUCGUGUUGCAAGAUGUCGUGUUCGACGACUUGCAAGCACUGGUUGAGUUCAUCUACCAUGGGGAGGUAAACGUUCACCAGAGGAACCUAAGCUCGUUCCUAAAGACCGCUGAAGUACUGAGGGUAAGCGGACUCACACAACCGUCCGAUUCCACUACCGCCAAUGACCAUUCUGCGAGGCAGUCUUCCGAGACACCGCCCGCGGAAAAUUCGUUCCUGCAGUCGUUCGCUGCACAAGCGUCCGAAGGCAGAGUGUCGCCACAUGUCAGACAGAGGAAAGGUAUUCCGCAACAAUCGCCAUCGUCUAUACCUUCGCCACCGUCAAAGGAAAACUCUCCGAUACCGUUGAAACGCAACAAGACUUCGUCAAACCCGUCUUCAGGUGGCGGUGGAGGCAUGGACCUGUCCGAGAGGACAUCUCAACACAGUCCCAGCUCGGCAGGAAGUCGGCCCAACUGCAACGACGACGACGACGCGGGCGAACGUUCGGACGGCGGCGGUGGACCCGUCGUCGGGAGCAACGGCCACAGCAACGGACACCAAUCGCACAACCACCAUCUGCACCAACACAACCAGCACCACGACGAACCUCCGAUGGACUAUUCGCGGACGCACCAACAACACCAGCAGCAACAGCCGGCGGCUAACGCCCUGCAACACCUGCAGGACACGGCACAGAACCUGAUGAUAUCCCGUCGGUCGCCCGCCGAAGUCAAAACCGAGCCGAUGGACACCGCGACCGCGACCGCCGUCAACAGUAACAGCGCGUACGCGGACGACAGCAACGACUCGGCGCCCGACUUCACGGGCGUCAACCCGGCCAUCGGCAUGUCCGAACCAGACGACACGUCAUACCAGAGCCACCACUCGUACCUGGACAGCAAGUUUUUCGCGGCCGCUGGUGCCUCGUUCAACUUCAGCAUGGCCGCCGCCAUGGCCGCCGACUCAUUAGCUGGUCUCAACAAUCACAACCAUACCAACGUGAUGGAGGCUCUAGGAGGCUCCAGUUCUCAAGACUGGUCAGAGGCUGGUGGCGGAGGAGUCAGCGGCGGGGGCGCGGAGACGCUGUCCUGUUUCGUAUGCGGCAAGCGCCUGAGCACCAGGUUGACGUUGAAGCGGCACAUCGAACAGCAGCACAACCAGCCUCUGCACUCGGCCGUCUGCAACGUGUGCAACAAAGUGUUCCGCACGCUCAACAGUCUCAACAACCACAAGAGCAUUUAUCACCGGAAGCCAAAAGCGUACAAAUCGGCGGGCGGGGGCGGUAAUGCGGGGGCGGCGGCGGCGGCGGCGGUAGCGGCUUCGACGGUGGCCACGACCGCCCCGACGACGACGACGACUACUUCCGCGGCGGCGGUCACGUCGUCGUCCGCGUCGCCCGAUGGUAACGGUGGCGCGUCCGGAUGCACUAAUGCCGCCGCCGCCUCCGCCGAUGCCGCCGCUUCGUCCGUGAAAAACUUACCGCCGCUGACCAUGUGGUACAACAAUAACAUAAACAACAACAACAACAACAACAACAACAACUGACACAAGUUGCAGCGGAGCGCCUGAAUGGGCUCCGACGUCGUUUACGUCGUCCGAACGACGAGACGGCGGAAGAAGAAGAGAACGACGCCGACGACGGCCGGACAGAGGGAUGACGGUCGGAUAUAGUGACGACGACAGUAUUUACAAACGACGUGAACGAGAAUGAACGAUAAUUAUAACGAUAUAUCACGAUUUAUGACGCCCCGUGUAGCCGACGACUGUAAAGUGCAAUAAGAAUAUUUUAUGUGUUAUUAUUAUAAUAUAACGUUUAUAUAUUAACAAGUAGAAAUCGUUUCGAUUUUAAUAUUGUAAGUUUUGUAGGUUUCGUGUUUUGUAUUCAAUUUUUUUUUUCGUUUUCCGACGUGACUGUGAAAAAAUUUUAUCAUAAAAAGAUACCCAUCGACGAAUUAUAUCGGAAACAUUAUUUGUCUGUUUUUUUUUCUCGUGUUUGUUUAGGUAUUAUUAUUAUUAUUAUUAUUAUUAUAUUAAUAUUAUUAUUAUUUUAUUAAACGAACGGUGGUUCGCCAUAUAGGAUUAGUGUUGUAUGCAUAUAGGUGUAUAAUAUUAUAUAAUAUUGUGUAGAUACAUUGAGUAUAUAUUUUUUCUUUACGACGUUAGACUGUGUUCGUACAAGGUUUAGUGAAACGAAUGAAAAAUAAAAAUAAUACGAUCGUAUUUUAAUAUAUAAAUUUAUAUAUAUAUAUAUAUAAUAUAGUAUUAUACGCGCACGCAUUAUUAUAUUAUAUUAUCGUUUAUUUUAGAAUGUAUAAUAUAAUACGAUAUAAAUACGAAUGUGUAUCAUUUGCUGUAAAUUAAACAAUGAUAACAAUUAAAAGAAAAAAAUCUAAGUUAUAA